UAAUUUAUCAAGGCCCAAUAAAAAAUCAAAAGAAAAUUAACCCGGUCCAAGAACAUGAGACGGUGAGGAGGACACGUGUUCCCCUGCAAAAAUUCCUUCUCCCGCCACUGCACCAAAAAUCAAAACGAAAUUCCACGAAAAUAAUUCCCUCCUUCACUCCCAACUUUCCAAUUUUGCCCUUCCCGACUUCUUAAUUUCCCUAUUCCCCCAUUUCCCCUUCUUCCCCGAGAAGCUAUUGCUGAAAUAAUUUUCCGGCGCCCCCAAUUUUCGCACUCAGUAAAAAAACAUCAAAUUUUCCACUCCAAAUUUGACUCGCAUAAUAUCAGAGAUUGUUACAGACGGUUUCUUUCUCCGCAAUCGUUUGCUAGUUUUAUUCCGCACGCUGAUUUUACCCUACAGUACUUUGCUCAACCGCCACUGUUUGAAAUCCAAUGCUAGAAAGCAAGCAAAAUUCAGAAUAUGACGACCCGUCGAAGACCUUCCAUGGAGUUCGCUUUAUUCUCCUCGGUUUCGACUCCGAUAAGGAAGACGAGAUUCGAGCGAAGCUUCUAGAAGGCGGAGGAGUUGAUGCUGUAAAUUAUGGACCGGGUUGUAAUCACGUGAUUGUUGAUAAGCUUGUUUACGGAGAUCCAGUAUGUGUUGCUGCACGAAGAGAUGGCAAGAGAUUGGUCACGAGUUUAUGGGUUGAUCACAGUUCUGAUGUGGGAAUGCCCGUCGAUCACAUUUCUGUCAUGUAUAGGCCCUUAAAAGAUUUGAACGGGAUUCCAGGUGCGAAAUCUCUGGUUGUGUGCUUGACUGGAUAUCAAAGGCAGGAUCGAGAUGACAUCAUGACUAUGGUUGCUUUGAUGGGUGCAAAUUUUUCCAAGCCGUUGGUGGCAAACAAGGUUACUCAUUUGAUUUGCUACAAGUUUGAGGGGGAGAAGUACGAGCUUGCCAAGAAAAUGAAAAGAAUACAGCUUGUUAACCAUCAUUGGCUGGAAGACUGUUUGAAGGCUUGGGAGCUUCUUCCAGAAGCUAACUACUUAAAGAGUGGAUAUGAGUUGGAGAUGGAAAUGGAAGCUGAAGCUAAGGAUUCUGAAGAAGAGACAGAAGACAUGGCUUUAGCCGUAGAAGUGGGGAGGAAAAACAUUCUUAGUUCCCAAAAUACACGAGUUGAGACUAAAAGUUUCCACCAGUCACCGGUGAUGCAGGAAAUUUCAAGAAACAGUUUAUAUUCGAGUGCUUCUAAAAGUUUGGCAAAUGUUGGAGAAACCAGUAAGAAGAACCAGUCAACCCCUGUAAAGGAGACCGACUUUCAAAAGGCAUCAUUUUCACGAGAAACUUGUGAACAGAAUCUUAACAUGGCUAGUGCGAGGAGUCCUGCAAAGAGUCCUGCAAAAUUGUCGUCUGAAGUGCCAUCGAACAUGCAUCAUAGUAAGGUGAUCUUAGAGAAGGUAGACAACGCCUUGCUGUCUGCAUCUGAAAGUUCCAAGAAAUCUCCCAAUGCUGAUGUUUCCAAAUUAAGUAGCAAGAGUUAUGUAAGGAGCACUCCCAGUAAGCCCACUCUCUCACUAAGGUCAGAAAGAAUUGAAAGUAACUUGAAAGGUAGUCCUUCGUCAAACGUCAAUAAACUCGGGGUUAGUGGUUGUUUUGAUGUACCGUUGAAGAUACACCAAGAUGUAACUGGUUUUGAUGGAGUAAAAACACCUUUGAAGGGAACGCUGUCGAACCUUGAUGAGGGGCAAUCUUUUACAUUGUCCUAUAAGAGGAAAAUGACUGUUCCACGUGGAAGUUCCAAAUCACUAAAUCACGAUCCAAAACCAUCAACAGAAGGUGAAUCGGUCACAAAAGCAACUACAGAGCAAACUAAAGUCCCGACUCAUGGAUCUUUAGUUGAUGGUUCACGUGUUUUAGCUAGUGAUAUUACUCCCAUAAAUCUUACCCGCUCUUUCAGGAAGGAAGCUUCUGUGAGCCAUAAAGAGGCUUUAAACAUUUCCCAGGCAGCUGAGGAUAGGCAAGAAGAGUGUGAUGAUCAAUCUCUUCAACGUUCUCCCGAAGGAUUAGAAAAUCGAACUUUGUUCAAUGUGGAUAUGAAUGACCUUUCUUCGAUCCGAACUAAUAAUUGCACUAGUGGAGCUGAAAUGCACCAAAAUGACGGACAAACUGUUGAACCCUCGUCUCCGAAAACCAAUUCUGUAGGCCGUAAGAGAAAGAUGCUUGCGAAGAAGACAUUGGGUUCCAGGCCAUCAAGUGGGAAAGCGAGUGCUACAAAGCUUAAAGGAUCCAUUAACCUUCAGAAAGCUGUUUUGCCGAAUGAGAGCAUAAUCCAUUCAAAUGGAGCAGUAGAAACGGAAACCACAGAUAAUACUACUGUACCUGAAAAGGUUGUAGUAGUUUUGCCGACUAAUGGUGAAGAUGGUCCUGCGGAUGAUGAAGGGAAAAAUGAGUUUGAGCUCGAUGGUAACAAAGAGAAGUCUAUAGAUUUUGAGGCACCACUUUCAAGAGAAGGUAUCGUAAAGCAUGGUGAUGACGAAAGCAUACAGACGAAGAACAAAUCUGGAGGAAGUAAGAAGAAGAGCACUAAAGCUGAAAAGGCUGUUUGUACUGAGAAAAAUGAUUUGACUGAAUCAAAAUCAAAAUCUACGGGUAAUGCUCGAGAGAAGAAAAUAAGCAGGUGUGAGAAACUCCCUGUGGUUAAAUCCAAGGAGAAUCAAAAGAAGGAUCCUUCUGAAAAGCCUGUUUGUAGUGAGAAAAUUGAAUUGACUGAAUCAAAAUCAAAAUCUACGGGCGAUGCUGGAGAGAAGAAAAUAGCCAAGGGUAAGAAGCGCUCUUUGGUUAAAUCUAAGGAACAUCAUACGGAGGAUCCUGCUGAAAAGGCUGUUUGUAGUGAGCAAAUUGAAUUGGCUGAAUCAAAAUCAAAAUCUACGGGUGAUGCUGGGGAGAAGAAAAUAACCAAGGGUAAGAAGCGGCCAUUGGUUAAAUCUAAGGAACAUCAUACGGAGGAUCCUGCUGAAAAGGCUAUUAGUAGUGAGAAAAUUGAAUUGACUGAAUCAAAAUCUACGGGCGAUGCUGGAGAGAAAAGAAUAACCGAGGGUAAAAAACGUUCUUUGGUUAAAUCUAAAGCAAAUUGUAAGAAGGAUCAUGUUGAAGAAGUGGCGAAUGAUGGAUCAAACAGCAAACAUGAUGAAAAGAAGACUGUCUCGGGUAAUGAAGAAGAAACUGCUGUGUUGACAGGUCGAACUAAAGGAAGACCAUCCAAGAAGUUAAAAAGCUCAGCUGCUAUGGAGAAGGAAAACAUACCCUCUUCGAUUAAGCAACAAAGUAUGACCAAAGAGGAUCCUAAAUCACUCAAAAGACCUCUAAAAAACGUCACUAAAGCUGUCAAAGCCAGUCCUGUUAAAGCAAUACAGAAGCCUAAGUUGAGAACUGAGCCUGCACGGUUUAUACUUACUGGGCAUAAGCUACAGAGGAAGGAGUUUCAACAGGUUAUAAAGCGAUUAAAAGGAAGAAUUUGCAGAGAUUCUCAUCAUUGGUCUUAUCAGGCAACGCAUUCCAUUGUCCCCGAUCCAAUACGAAGAACCGAGAAGUUCUUUGCAGCUGCAGCUUCUGGAAGCUGGAUUCUGAAGACCGAUUAUUUAACAGCUUGCAAUGAAGCUGGAAAGUUUUUACCCGAAGAGCCAUACGAAUGGUACGAGGAAGGCUUGACCGGAGAUGGUGCAAUCAACUUAGAAGCUCCAAGAAAGUGGCGUCUUCUUAAAGAGAGAACUGGUCAUGGUGCCUUUUAUGGAAUGAAAAUUGUCAUAUAUGGAGAAUGCAUCGCCCCUCCACUGGAUACUUUGAAACGUGUGGUGAAGGCUGGAGACGGGACCAUAUUAGCAACUUCACCACCGUACACACGUUUCCUCCAAUCAAGAAUCGAUUUCGCCAUUGUCAGCCCAGGUAUGCCACGUGUCGAUAUGUGGGUGCAGGAGUUUUUAAGGCACGAGGUACCAUGCAUUGCAGCCGAUUAUUUGGUGGAGUAUGUGUGCAAGCCUGAUUAUCCACUCGCAAAGCACGUGCACUACAACACUGAAGCCUGGGCAGAGAAAUCACUUAAGAAUCUCAUGAGCCGUAUGGAGGAAGUUGUUAUUGAGGAGGAUGUGAGCACAUCGGAAGGAUAUUCCGGCGAUGACGUGGCGUGUCAGGUUUGUGGGUCCCGUGAUAGAGGGGAGGAAAUGCUCAUCUGCGGAAGUGAACACGGUAGUGUAGGAUGUGGUGUCGGUGUACAUUUGAACUGCCUUGAUCCUCCACUUGUGGAUGUUCCGAAGGAAGAUUGGUUUUGCCGGAGUUGUAGUAAAAAAAUAAAGAAGAGCAAAACUAUCGGCUCGAGCUCGAGUAAACGGACCUCUAAAUCGAAGAAGUGAUUGAUUGGUCCCA